CGGUGAAAUGCACACACAUGCAUUUGCACCUGGCCAUGUGCAUGUGGAUCUCCAUGUUAGAAGCGACAUGUUUACUCCAAAUGUUACUGCCUUGGUAGUUAGUGAGGGGAGAGCAUGGAGGAAGUCUGGGAUGGCGCCAGUGUUUGAGGAAGAGGAAUGUAUCAGAGAGAGCAAGUAAACAUAGCAUGAACAUUCUCCCUCUUUGACACACAGGCAAAAGUCUUCAGUGCCCCUGCAGGAUGCCGAACGCUUCAUUUGGGAAAUUCAUCAACAUUGCUCCUGAACCCAAAGGCUUACGCCGAUGCCAGCAAGUCGGCAUGGGUGCGCUGUACUGUUUGCCGGUGCUCUCAUGUAUUUUUGCGGUGGCUUCUUCAACCACUUUGGCUGACAUGGACUAUGGCGGCGUUCCCUUGUGGAUCGACCGCUUGCUGGGCGAGCCCAGCGUGCUGAGCCUGCGGGGACGCUUAGACGCAGCUUGGUACCGAGCCACCAACCCUCAGGCCUGCCCGCAACGGUGUGACUGCCCCAUUCAGUGGCCCACGGCGCUGUAUUGUGACCAGAGAAGCCUGGAAGAUCUCCCGGAGCUUCUCCCGGCCCGAACGCAGUACCUUUUCCUGCAGAGAAACAACAUCUCCUCCCUCACCGCCUCGUUUCUGGCAAACAUCACCGGACUACACUGGCUCAUUCUGGACCACAACCUUUUGAAAAAUGACCAGCUGGACCAGGGCAUCCUAAGAAACCAGAGCCAACUGGUUUAUCUUUUCGCCAACCACAACCAGCUGAGCUCAGUGCCCCGUAAUCUGCCAGAUGGUCUCAAGCAGCUCCGACUGGCCCAUAACCAAAUCAGCAGCAUCGGGCCCGAGGCUCUCAAGAACCUGAAGCACUUGACCCUGCUGCUUCUGCAGGGAAACAUAUUGAAAACCAUCAAAGAAGGGGAGCUCCGAGGUCUGGUUAAUCUGAAGUUGUUGGACCUCAGCGAGAACGCCUUCUCAUCGGUCCCCAGACAUUUACCAACCUCUUUGCAGCAGCUCUAUUUGUCCAACAACUCCCUGUCGGGGCUCGAUGAGGACAUUUUCCAGAGACUCGUCCACCUCAAGCACCUUCGCUUGAGCCACUCUUUCCUGAAAAGUGGCAACGUUCACCCACAGGCCUUCAACCUCUCGACCCUGGUGGAACUGGACUUGUCCUACAACAAAUUGACGAGCAUCCCCACGGUGCCCACCACCCUGCAGCACCUCUACCUGGAAGCCAAUGAGAUACAAGAGUUCAACGUGACUAGUUUCUGCAGAGAAGUUGGACCUCUGACCUAUUCGCGGCUGAAGACCCUGCGACUGGAUGGCAACGAGGUGUCCUACCGGCAUCUCCCCUCGGACUGGGUCUACUGUCUGAGAGUGAUUCAAAGUAUUUACAUUUGAGCGUGAAGAACAGAAAAGGAAAUAAACUCCUCCGUUCAGUCCUUAA